AUGUCUGAAAAAACAAACGCUAAAGCAGCAAACAAUCGAGACAACAAGCUUGCUGCGCCAAAUCAAAGACUGGGGAGUGCCUCAAAUGGACUAACCGAUGAAUAUACUGAACAAAAUUUUUGUGUUAAGGUAAAGAAACCUAAGAAGAACUUUGUGGUGAAGACGGUUUCCGCCUCAAAUUUUAAUUCCUAUGUGGAUAGCUCAGAAAAAUCAGAGACUCAGGUCAAACCAGUGUCUGUUAAGACAGCAGGACUCACUGCUGCAAGUAAUCGAGCUCUUGAGAAAUUACGUGAGAAUCACAAAAGCACGGUAUUGGCUAUCGAAAAAGAGCAUAAUGCUAAGAAGACAGAAAGAAGCACCAAUCUUGUGAUUCGUGGAAACAAACCUGUCAAAGAAAUAUACAAAAAGAAGUUUCUUGAUUUGAAAGCUCAUCACCGAAUACUCACAGAGGAGUACACUACCAUCGAGUCACUUAAAAAAGCAGACAGAGAAUUCUACACCGUGAUUCAACCCACUGAAUUCUAUCGCAGACCCAAUGCCAAAUUCAAAUCCACUCAGUUUAAAACCACAUCUGCCCUUGAUGUUAAUAAAGCAAAGAGGUAUAUGGCUUCUCUUCCAAUGAUUUCUGUUGGUCCCAAUGGAGAGCAGAUUAGGAAAAGUAGCCGAAUCCCUGUGGAUAACAUUACCAAAUUCAAGGGAACCAAAACAAGGGUCAAAGUGAAAAAACCAAUUAAUGAUAAAAGAGUAAUAAAGAAGAGCAAGCCCACUGUAACCAAUGUAGUGGUAAAGAAACAGAACAAUAGAGGUAUCUCAGGCAAAAAGAUGUCUGUUGCUUCUACUGUGAUGCUGCAUAAUCCUAAGGGUGUUGAUGCCUCGCAAAUUGUGACUGAAUGUGAGAAGAUGAAUAAGAAAGUCAACAUCGUGUGUAAGAUGGCGCAAUCCAAUCAGCCUGAGAAUGCAUUCUGCAAGAUGAAUGCCAUCAACAGCUUUGAAUUUGCGUGUAUGCCAAAAAGCCCUGAAAAAAUAGCAGAAGCGUCGUUUUCAGACAUUUUCCUGGUGAACAACAAAGACAACGCAUUUGGAUUUGAGGCACCUGAUGGACGCCUAGUUGUCAAGAUUGUGCCAUUCACUGAGUUCUACACCGAGGAGUCAUUCAUGAAAGAGUGCUAUGCCAUGGAACAGCUCAAAACUAUUCCUGGUAUUUGUAAGCUUCAUUACGCCUGUGUUCUGACUGGGGCGUAUUCACCUGAAUAUGUGACAGCCUGGAAGAAUUUCAAUAAGGAAACUGAGAACACUGAUCCAUCGUCGUACAGUCUGAAUCAGAAAUACGGAUGCCUCUUCAUGGAACAUGCUGGUGUAGAUCUCGAGUCAUUUCACUUCACGAGUGCAUCUGAGGUGCUCCACUUUUUGAUUCAAUUUCUCAAAGUGAUCAAAAAUCUCCAAAUUGAAUUCAAAUUCGAACACAGGGAUCUCCAUUGGGGGAAUAUCAUGCUGAGAAGGGUUGGAAGCAAAGAGGUUCCUGAUGGCGGAAACAUCGCAGUCUCACUCGUAGACUUCUCUCUAUGUAGAUUUGAAAAUAGUGAAAUGCUCCUGUUUUCUGAUCUGUAUCACUCAGACAGUAAUUGGAUAUUCGAAGGCAAUGCAGGUCACGACUACCAGUACGAGGUCUACAGGAAAAUGAUGAAUAACGUGAGUUACUGGCACGAGUAUUCUGAGAAGAACAAUCUGCUUUGGAUCGAAUACGUGAUCAAGAAAUUAAAGGUGAAGACAAGUGGUCUAGGAUGUGAUGCACUGAAUGAGUUGCUUAAGAAUAGUACAAUUCUGGCUGAGCAGAUUGAUAGCGUAAACAGCCUCCUGAUUGCAGUCGAAUUGCAGUGCAAGAUGAAGAGGCUCCUCUAA